AUGGAAGAUAAUGCUACGCGGCACUCGCUCCGCGCGGCAGCAGGACUUUCUAAGGCAAUCCGGCAGGAGUACGUGCCGCCCGACACGCACAUCCUGGGGCCCGAUGGGACGCUGCGCAUUUUGGGUCGCCGAGCUGAGACCCUGGACCCGGUCAUAGCCUUCCGUAAGUCCAACCCGGCCCGUCGCAAUGCCAAGAGCGGCAAGCGGCCGCCGCGGGGCCGCAGCACCGCCCUAGGCGGCGCCCCCUUUGGCCGUGGCGUCAAAGCCGGUGGCUCCGGCGGCGGCCCCCUGGGCGGCUUUCUGCAGGGCCCUAUGGAGCUCUUGGGCCGUAUCCCGCUGAUGAACGUACUGGUUACGGCCGCCUUGGCGCACCGGGUGUGGUCCUUGGUAACCAGGAGGUUAUUCGGAGGCGACGGCAGGAAGACGGCAUCUUCGUCGUCAUCGUCAGCGGCGGCGGCGGCGCAGCGGGGCGGCGACAGGCAGCUGGCCAGGCGCAACGGCGAUUAUGAUGACGACGAUGACGAUGAGGACGAUGAGUAUGACAUGGACGAGCACGCGGAGGAAUUGCUUUCCAAAGUGCAGCACGCGAGUAUGCUCCCGGCAAUGCUGCGGUCCUCGCUGCCACGGCCACACCGGACUAGCCUAGCCAAGCGAGCGGCCCAACAGUACCACUCGCGACAGCGGAGCUAUCGCACCGCGCACCAGAUGCUUCACGGGGGACCGGCAGGCGCCACCGGGGGUAGCGGCAGCCUCGGAGCCGGUAGCAACGGCGGCGGCGGCGGCGGCGCCGGACGGCCUGGUCAAGGAGUUGCUGGGGGAACAGGGCGGCGGCAGGCGCAGCGGCGGCCGCUGGGCAAGUUAGAGAAAAUGGAUUUGAUUGUUCGACAGCAGAUUCGCGCGGCUAUGCUGGCGCAACAGCGGCAACAGGAGCAGGAGCUGCUGCUGCGGCUGCAGCAGCAGCAGCCGGAGCUGGCGGCGGGGCCCAGCGGUGCUGCCUCGCUACAGCAGCAGCCGUCGCAGCGGCUGCUGCAUCAGCGCUCUGAUCAUGCGUGCCCAGCUCCCAGCGGGCAGCUGGUGCUGGCAGCUACUUCGGGCAACUCCGGGGGGUCCAGGGGGCCGUAUCCGCCGGCCAACAGGACGCCGCUGCACCCGGGCCCGCCGCCACCCCCUGCCUUCCGGCCGCUGCCGCCGGAGCUGAGGGCGCGAUUACAUGGCGUGAGACAGCCCGGUGCUGUGGCUAUGGCACCAGCAGCCAGGGCGGCGGCUGCCGGACCGCCGCCGUUGGGAGAAGAGGAGGAGUUGGCGGGACAGACGUCGCACGCUGGCGCUGGCUCGGUUCAGGGCGGGCAGGGGUUGGGCGGGAGUGGGAGGCAUUCGCCGGGUCGGACAUGGGUCGCCGAACCACCUCCUUUUGGUGUCGCAUCUCCACGCUUCGCCUCCGAGAUACGCAAAGACAUACCUGAUUACCACGUGGCCUAUCGCGAUGUCACCCAGCCGCCCCGCUGGACGGCCAAGGAGCUGCUGGCCCUGCAGCGCCGGAGAGUGGUGCCGGAGCCCGGGCCGGGCGCAUACGAGCCCCGUGACACCAAGCACCACCGACGCUUCCGCCGGCCGCACGACCAGCACCUGGACGGGCCGUUCUUCCUGGACCAGGUGCCGGACGGUAUGACCACCCGCUCCAGGGAGAUUGCGGCGCUGCUGCGGGCCCAAGGGGAUUCGGGGCUGGGCCCGGGUGACUACGACGGCAUUAUGCUGAAGGACAAAGUCAUGCGGAACGCCCCCGUGUAUAAGCUCGGUACUGUGGACCGCGAGGGGAAGGCCCCGCACGCCAAGUCCCUCAGCAUCAGCCGCAGUAUUCAGAAUGGGAUAGACUGGCAUGUGCCGGUGAUUGUGCAGCCCGCAAGUGCUGGUGCUGCAUCAGCGACAACACCCCCAGGGGAAGUGGGACCCAGCUCCUCCACAGCUGUUGCCAUCGGUGGUGAUGACGCCGGCUCGCCAACCUCGACGGUGGGCCCGGCGGCUUCCACCACCACGCGGCCGUCGACAGCGGAGCGCGUGCUCGGGCUGUACAGCGGCGGCGGCAGCAGGUCGGGGUCGCCGACGGGCACCGGCUCCGCCGAGCACUACGUGGGGGUGCCGCCGCCGCCGCCAUCGCAGGUGUCCCGCGCGGUUCGUCGUGAUCAGCAGCGGCGGCCCGGGGAUUGGGAUUGGAACCGGCUGGGGGCCAACUACCGGACCUCCUGGACCACGUUACAUGGAGGCGCCUACUCGCACGGUGAUCACUCGGCGCCGAGGUCUGCGCCCUCCUCAGCACCCGCGACUGUGCGCUCGACAGCGACAUCCAACGCCACCAUGGCUCAGGGCAUUUACCCCAUCAUAGAGGAGAGUAGUAGCGGAUUACAGAGAGACGCACCUGCCGAGAAUCAGCCGUACUUGGUUGCUAGCUUUGCUGUCGCGCCGGGCGGUGAACAAGCAGGGGUCCCGCAGGCUGGCGGCAGCACGAGAGUCAAGGGGGGUUUGAUUUCGGAUGACGACAUGCGGCGACGGCGUGAGGCUGCAGAGCUGGCCAAUAAGGCGCAGCUGGCCAACACGAGAGUGGCCGACUGGCAGUCGAAGUUUGCAGGGUAGCACAAUUCUUUCCAUGUUGACUGCAACUUACUUUUCUUGGCCUAGGACGGUGGGGCGGACUACGAGGGGGUUCGGACGGGGUUUGUUGAUGCUGUUACAUUAAGAAAUGUUGAAGCCUAACUGCGG